AUGGACGACCCAGCCGAACUCGAGUCCUUUCUCGAGCACAACACCUACGAAGACAUCAAACCAUUCUCACCAGAUACAAACACCUUCCAAGAUCUCGACCUACCCUCAAUUCCCCUUCCUCCACGAGGAAUCAUUCUCCGCUUCACACGUCUAGCAGUUUUCUCAGUCUACCGCCGCAUCUUCCUCUCGGUCAUCCUCCUCAACAUCUGGCAAGGCCACCGCAUAAUCACCCUCCCACGACGCUCCAAAUACUCCCCUCUCCUAGUCGAUAUUUCCACCGCCUUCUCCCUCAACCUCCUCGUCGCGGUACUCAUCCGACAAGACUACAUCCUCAACCUACUCUUCUUCCUCUGCCAACACGUCCCCCACAUCACACCCCUCCGUAUCCGUCGCUCCCUCGCAAAGACCUACGAAUACGGCGGUUUACACAGCGGCGCCGCCUUCUGCUCCGUGGUCUGGUUCUCUCUACUCUCCUGGAUCUUAGUCUGGGAAUACAAAGCCUACCGCAUAGCCGACCCUCUGAUCCUCAUAACCAGCACCAUCAUCCUCGUUAUCCUCUACACAAUCCUCAUAACCGCUCUCCCAACCCUCCGACAAGCCCACCACAACCUCUUCGAACACACCCACCGCCUCGGCGGCUGGACAGUCCUCGCCCUCUCCUGGCUAGAACUCUACCUCUUCACCCGCGCCCUUCGCCACCAAGCCGGUCCCUCCUCCCCCGGCGCCCAACUCUCCCGGCUUCCAGCAACCUACCUCCUCCUCCUCAGCACUCUCCACAUCAUCCUUCCCUGGCUGCGUCUCCGGCGCCUCCCCAUAGUCCCCUCCCGUCUCGGCGUCGGCGUCCACGCAAUCCGCCUCCAUCACAACGAACCCGUCCCCUCCUGCCGCGUCUACAAACUCGCCCAAAGCCCCCUCGGAGAAUGGCAUUCCUUCGCCUGCAUCCCCUCCCCCAAUCACUCCGGCGGCUCCCUCCUCAUCUCCUCCGCAGGCGACUGGACACGUCGAACAAUCAACAACCCGCUCUCAACCUAUUACACCCGCGGCCUCCCCACCGUCGGCGUCUUAUGCCUCACCCAUCUCUUCCGCUCCAUCAUCGUCGUAACAACCGGCUCUGGAAUCGGACCUUGUCUGGGCACCCUCACCUCUCUCCCGCGUACACGCUUUCGAAUCCUCUGGAGUGCGCCAGAGCCACGGCGGACGUUCGGGGAUGAAAUCUGUGACGCGGUGAACGAGUUGGAUGAGAGGGCCGUGGUGGUUGAUACGCGGGUAUCAGGGCGCAGGGAUUUAGUCAGGUUGGCGUAUAGUAUGUAUAAAACCGAACGAGCCGAGGCGGUGUUCGUGGUUAGUAAUAGGAGGGUGACGCGGGAGGUGGUAUAUGAGCUUGAGUGUAGGGGUGUUCCUGCUUUUGGACCCGUUUGGGAUUCGUAG